AUGUUCCUCCUUUUGAUUUGCCUCUUCCUACUCCUGCAAUAUUUUUUUACAUUAGGAAAAACAACCCAUUAUAAUUGUUUUGAGAACUGGAAGCCCAUCACCUACAUGAAAGCUGACAUAAUCCUAGGUGCAUUUAUCCCCAUUUACUUUAAACUAGAAGUACAACAGAAAUUCCAGAUGCCAUUUGAGACAAAACUGAAUCUAAGUUUCGAUCUUAUUCAUGGUCAGAGGGAAUUUGAUGAUGGCAUAGUGGUCAAGCUUGUUUCUCGGGGGAGCGCUCUUCGAGGGUAUUUGGGCUGCCUCCAGAGCCGCAGCCGCAGGGUCUUGGGCCGCCGGAAGGUGGGUGACGUGCAGAUCUUCUUUUUGUGGCUGUGGACGCCUUUCAGCACUGCCUUCUUGGCUUUCAAGGCCUUAGCUUUAGCUUCGGCUUUGGGAGGGGCAGGAGCUUCCUUCUUCGCUUUCGGCGCCAUCUUGGCGAAAAGUAGCCUGUGUCUUUUAUAUGAGUUUGACAAUAAUGGCCUGACUGUGCUCAUCAUUAUGUCCCUCAUGUUUAGAGAGAGAUGGAAAAACUAUCAAUAUUUGCUGACUUUAUACUUUGCCAUUGAGGAGAUCAAUAAGGAUGCCAACCUGCUCCCCAAUGUGACUUUGGGAUUCCACCUUUACAAUGCCCUUAACUCUCACCGCAAAACCUUAGAAGGCCCUCUGAUGUGGCUGUCUGGAAGGAGUGACUUUGUUCCUAACUACAAAUGCAGAACUCAACAUAAAGCUCUUGGAAUCAUUGUAGGAAUCAGGCCUGAAUUUUCUGCUGCAAUAGGAACACUUUUGGAGCUCUAUAAAAUUCCACAAGUCUCAUAUGGAGUAUUUGAUUCUGUUCUAAGUGACAAAGAUACAUUCCCAUCCCUGUACCAGAUGUCUCCUAAACACACAGCUCUAACCAAAAGAGUGAUCUCUUUAUUGCUACACUUUGGCUGGAAAUGGGUGGGGCUCAUUGUGGCUGAAGAUCUGAAAGGAAUGGAAUUCCUCUCUGAGCUGAAAGCAGAGAUUGCAUCAGUAGAUAUCUGUGUGGCUUUUAUGGAAAAACUCCCAACUAAUUGGAACCUACAGAUGAUGUCUGGGGGUGGUUUGCUGAAUUUGAACCAACAUACAAAAGUAAAUGUGUAUGUAUUCUAUGGGGACAGAGAUGAUGUACUAUUUUUCUGCAUCAAAAAUGGAAUUAUGUCAAAGAGAAAGAAGGUGUGGAUCAUGGCAAAGCCCCACUUUGUUUUCUUAGAGACUGUAUUUUAUGAGUGGAAUAUUAUGAUGUCCUUUUUUGAAGGAAGCUUCUCAUUUUCAAAGACGAGAAAUAUCCCUGGUUUCAAACACUUUCUUGAGGCACUUACACCCUCCCAGUAUCCAGGAGAUCUUUACUUCCAUAAAUUCUGGCUGGACAAUUUUUUCUGUUCACCUCCUCCUUUACUAUGUAGAAAUAAUAUACCCUGCCCGCUGAAUGUAUCUCUAAAGACUAAGCAAGAAAAAGAUAUAAUGAUCACUUCUGAGUCCAACAUUUCCAUAUGGAAUGCAGUGUAUGCAGUGGCCCAUGCCCUCCAUGAAAUGCUUUUGAGAAAAACAGAAAUAGCAUCUCACAAAGAUACAAACCAGGACAGGCUUCUACCUUGGCAGCUUCAUCCAUUUCUGAGGAAAAUACAAUUUGCAAAUGCAGCUGGAGAUCAAAUAUGCUUUGAUGAGAACAAGAAUCAUGUGGAAAAUUAUGAUAUACAAAACUUUUUGGGAUAUACUAAUAAUGAUUCAUUUCUAGUUAAAGUAGGAGAGUUUGUCUCCAAGAGUCCACAAGAUCAAGGCUUGUUCAUCAAUGAAGAUUUGAUCAAGUGGCCAAGCAACUUUAAUAAGACUCCUCAAUCUGUAUGUACACAGAGCUGUGGUCCGGGUUUCUGGAAACUUAUAGAAGAAGAAAGACCUGUCUGCUGUUUUUCUUGUGUGUUUUGUCCAGAGAGGCACAUUUCCAACCAGACAGAUCAGCAAGAAUGCAUGCCUUGCCCAAUUCAAGAGUACCCAAACACCGAGAGAAACAACUGCCUUCCCAAGUCAGUGACAUUCCUGUCCUUGAAGGAUUCUCUGGGAAAGGCUCUGGUCUGCACAGCUUUGUGCUUCACUGUCAGCACAGCUGUAGUUUUGGGGAUCUUCCUCAAGCAUCAAUACUCACCCAUCGUUAAGGCUAAUAACAGGACUCUCAGCUUCAUCCUGCUCAUCUCCCUUCUCCACUGCUUCCUGUGCUCCUUUCUCUUCAUUGGCCAGCCAAGCACAGCCUCCUGCAUAUUGCAACAAAUCACAUUUGCACUUGCUUUCACUCUGGCUCUUUCCACUGUUUUGGCCAAAAGUAUAACUGUAAUUCUGGCCUUUAGCGUUGUAAAACCAGGGAGAACAAUGAGAAGACUGUUUGUCUCUGGCAUCUAUAACUCUGUCAUCCCCUUGUGUGUCCUGAUCCAGCUUACUCUCCUGGGAGUCUGGAUGGGAACCUCACCUCCCUAUGUUGAAGCAGAUGCACACUCUGCAUAUAGUUACAUCAUCAUUUUGUGCAACAAGGGCUCAGUCACCUCUUUCUAUUGUGUGCUGGCAUACUUGGGGAUCCUGGCCCUGGGGAGCUUCACUGUGGCUUUCCUGGGUAGGGAUCUGCCUGACACAUUCAAUGAAGCCAAAUUGCUGACAUUCAGCAUGGUGAUGUUCUGCAGUGUCUGGGUCACCUUUCUCCCUGUCUACCACAGCACCAAGGACAAGGCCAUGGUGGCUGUGGAGGUCUUCUCCAUCUUGGCCUCCAGUGCAGGGUUGCUAGGGUGCAUCUUUUUCCCUAAGUGCUACAUAAUUCUUCUAAGACCUGAUAAGAACUCUUUGAAGUGUUACAAGAACAAAACACAAUCCAGAAAAACAGAUAAUUUUGACAAAUAUACUAAGUCUUUCUCAUAA